CCAGCCUGCAAGCAAUUCACCACAUCACACAUUCAAGCAGUGUUUGUGUAUGCACUGUGUGGGGCUGCAGCUAAUUUCCAGUUAAAUGUCAGAUUGGACAGAAAAAAUCAAAAAUGGACAGAGAAUUAAAUCUGAACCGAGUGGAAACGUUCUCCUUCAUCAACCCCUGGAUCAGAUAUUUCCUCUUCUUCUUCAGCUUCUUGUUUUGGGUUUUUUCGUUGCUGAUUGUUGGAAUCGGGGUUUAUGCUAAAGUCCAGAAAGCUACAGACACGGUGCGGGACACGUUCCUGGUGGACCCGGCCGUCAUCCUGAUUGUGGUGGGGGUGGUCAUGUUCUUCAUCACUUUCUGCGGCUGCAUCGGCGCCCUCAGAGAGAACAUUCGCCUCCUCAAGACAUUUUCCUUCAGCCUGAUGCUGGUCUUUCUCAUCCAGCUGGUUAUAGCAGUCCUGGGCUUUUUCUACUCCAAUCAGACCCGAGAUGCUUUGGGAAAGUUUGUGAAGAAAGCGAUUGUGCACUACAGGGAUGACCUGGAUCUGCAGAAUCUGAUGGAUUACAUCCAGAAAGAGUUUAAGUGCUGUGGAUGGAACAACUACACAGACUGGUCAUGGAACCUCUACUUUAACUGUACACAUGGAAAUCCCAGCUCGGAGCGCUGCGCUGUGCCUUAUUCCUGCUGCACUCCUGUUCCUGGAGAGGCGGUGAUCAACACCAUGUGCGGCUUCGGGGUUCAAACCCAAAAGUACCUGGACGCAAGCAAGUCAAUCUACCCAGUAGGAUGUGCAGACAGAGCGGUAAUGUGGAUCGAGUCUCACCUGCUGCUAGUAGGAGCUCUCACCCUGGGUCUGGCCUUACCUCAGAUUGCAGGCAUUGUGCUGUCCCAGAUCCUGAUCUCUCAGAUCCAAAAUGAGAUUACUUCGGGGUUUUGAGGGCAGCGGUAGAAGGAAGAAGUUCCAGUGCUCAACUCGUCUGAGUGCAAACAUCUAGAUUACAUAUCCUUUUGCUGACAUGCAGUUCCCUCUGGCAAUAGUCUGAUUCACUUUACUGUGACCCAGAAAAAGGCACAUGCAUAGUGCAAAUUGUAUAUUUAUUGAUGUCUUCUUUUUACCAAUAGUAACAUGUAUAGUGAAAAGUUAUACAUUUGUUAAUAAAUGUGCAUAAUCCUA